AUGGUAUCAAUCGAUUUUCUUGUUAAAGAAUGGCUUCGCUUAGACAAGAAUCCUGUAACACGCUUAGAAAUAGAUAAACUUUAUGCCGAGGGUAAUGUUGAGGAAUUGGAAAAACGUCUUCGCAAUAGGAUAUCGUUUGGCACUGCUGGAUUGCGAUCUAGUAUGGAAGCUGGAUUUGCAAGGAUGAAUGACCUCACUGUAAUUCAGGCUUCACAGGGACUUUGCAUGUACCUUCUUGACACUAUACAAAAUGCAAUUGCUAAAGGUGUUGUGAUUGGACAUGAUCAUAGGCAUAAUUCAGAAACAUUUGCAAGAUUAAGUGCAGCUGUGUUUUUAUCAAAAGGGGUUAAAGUUUAUUUUUAUCAUAAGUUAGUUCAUACUCCACUGGUGCCUUAUGGUGUCAAGAAAUUAAAAGCCGCCUGUGGGAUUAUGAUCACUGCUUCACACAACCCUAAGCAAGAUAAUGGUUAUAAAGUAUAUUGGGAAAAUGCAUGCCAGAUCAUCCCACCACAUGACAAAGGUGUCAGUGAUGCAAUUAAUAAUAAUCUUGAACCCUGGAUAUGGGACCCUAAUGUUGUCGAUAAUAGCAAAUUGUGUAUCGAUAAUAUAAAAGAAAUUUCUGAUGCUUAUUUUGAAGAGUUGAAGGUAUUGUCAUACUACCGAGAAGAUAACGCAGCAUCAAAUCUAAAAUUUGUUUACACAGCCUUGCAUGGAGUUGGAACCCUAGCGGCAAAAAGAAUAUUUGAAACAUUCGCUUUAAAACCACUUAUCCUUACCAAGGAACAGACGGAUCCAGAUCCAGACUUUCCAACAGUAACAUUUCCUAAUCCAGAAGAAGGAAAAGGAACAUUGGCACUCGCCAUGAAAACAGCAAAUGAAGUUGGGGCAUAUGUCAUAUUUGCGAACGAUCCUGACGCUGAUAGGUUUUCAGUUUCGGAAAAGCAAAAAAAUGGUGAAUGGACAAUAUUUUCGGGCAAUCAAAUAGGUGUGAUGCUUGCAUCUGCUGUAUUAAAUAAUUAUAGGGCUAGUGGCAAACCACUUGAAAAACUAGCAAUGUUAUCAACUGCUGUAUCAUCUAAAAUGUUGGCCAGAAUUGCAAAGAUUGAAGGAUUUUAUUUCGAAGAAACUUUAACAGGAUUUAAAUGGUUAGGCAAUGUAGCGAUUGAUUUGAUAAACAAUGGGUAUGAUGUAUUAUUUGCUUAUGAAGAGGCAAUUGGAUUCAUGAUUGGAGAUACUGUUAAAGACAAGGAUGGCAUAAGUGCUUUAGGAGCUUUUGCAGAAUUGAUUGUACAAUUAGAUAAACGAAAAAUGAAGAUUUCAGAGUAUUUAGAUGAAUUAUACAAAAAGUAUGGAUAUUUUGUAACAGAAAACUCUUAUUUUAUUUGUCAUUCUUCAACUACAAUCAAUAAGAUUUUUGAUAAAAUUCGGUACGGUGAAAAUCCGUAUCUAUAUGAAUAUAAGCUUUCAUAUCCUAAAACCUUGGCAGACCAUAAAAUUACUUAUGUUAGAGACUUGACGAUUGGUUACGAUACCUCGAAAACUAGUAAUCAACCAACAUUGCCAGUGUCAAAAAGUAGUCAGAUGAUUACAUUUGGUCUGGAAAAUGGAUGCAUUGGAACUUUAAGAACCAGUGGUACAGAGCCAAAAAUAAAAUAUUACUUUGAGUUAUCAGGAAAUGAUAAAGAACAAGUUACUAAAGAAUUAUCAAAUAUUGUUAAAGGAGUUGCUGACGAAUUGCUAGAACCCGAAAAAUAUGGGCUGGGAUAUAGGGAUGAGUAA